UAUGUUUUAUAUUUUUUAACAAUUUAGAUUGAUAAAGAUUGCAACAUACCCAAAACGAAGAAACAAACUAGGUCGGUGAUAACAUCUGAUGAUGAUGAUUUCUUUUUGGAGAAUAACGGUGGUCUAAGAGUAGAACGAAAUAUUGAUACCUCAGGACUGAGGCGACCGAGAUAUACAGUAUAUACCAGGUAAGAAUUUCGCUAAAAUAGUGCAAGAUCCAGUAAGAACGAACUCUUAAAACUGUAAUGUGCAAGUUCACUUUGUCGAUAUCUUAGCCAGUCUCUCUAAAGGUUUUUUUAUGUGGGAGUUAAGCUCAUGGAUUUCCACUUGCAAGAAAAAUUUCGCUAUCGAAAUUUUUCGCUCAAUUUCUUUUGAAAUGUGAGCGACCAAAUAGAACGAACUGAUUUAUUCGGAUGGCCACAAUUCAAAUGAAAUCAAGCGAAAUAUUUCUCUGUAAUUGGAAAUCCACCCUGUGUAGGGCGCGCGAAAAUGCUGGGGGGGGCAAGGAUAUUUUCAAGCACUUUAGUCUACUACCGUUUUUCCGUAGAAGAUUGAGUUUCUUUUGCGGGGAGGACGUUAAAAUAUUUUGUGAAAUUGUGGUACACUGUGUCUCAGGAGUGAAACAGUUUGUUGAACAAAAUAAUAUAGAGAAACUGGUUUUUAAUGGAAAAUUUACAUUUAAAAAAUCAAAUUGUGAAAAAAAUCAUUGUGGAGGAAGAUUGAGUUUCAAAACUCAAUUGAAGAUUGAGUAUUUACUACCAUAUAUCGGUAGUAGAAAAGUGCUUGAAAAUAUCUCUGGGGGGAGAAUACACUCCCAAUAAAAAGCCCUUUGAGAGGCAUGCACACUUGGAACAAGUCUAAAAAAUCUUGGCAGCAAUUACUAGCAAAAAAGUCAAUGAUGGAUAUGACAAAUUUCAACCUGGCAAUUCACCAUUCCGGAAAGUACGUCACUUUGGCUAUUCUCUGGUUUCAUAUGACGCCAUGUGGGGUCAAGCUAGGAUCUGUGUCAAGGGUAAAGGGCGGCUUUUAUAUUUUUAUUCUUUAUUAAAGACGGCUUUCAAUGAUUGAUUUCCACUUGAGUUAAAUUAUGCUAAAAAAUCACGUGAUUGAAACCUAAGAAUAGAGCCUCGUUGUCGUGUAUCUGACAUCAGCCCACCUCUAAAUCACGAAAAUGAGGCUCUAUAGCCAAGGUGACCUACUUUCUGGAAGCAUGUAUUAUUAGAUUCAAUAAAAUUUUAAGAGUUCUUAAGUAUAAUUAAAAUAAUUAAGAUGAUAUUUCAUCUAAUUCAAAAGAUCUCUGUAAGUUGGAUUCCUCUCAUGACUUCACAGACAUAUACAUUUAUUAUACAUAUGACUUCACAGAUAUAUACAGUAAUUAUCUUGGCUUAUUAAAUUAACCAAAUCAAUCUCAUUUCAGUUUAAUGAAGACAUACGGAGAACACUUUAAUAAACUAAAUAAAUUUUGGACAAAACUUCCAACUGCUAUGUGUGAUGAAACCGUAGUUGCUACUAAUACUACAGCUUAUUGUUGGGAUGGUUCUAAGAUUGUUAAGUAAGUAUAGAACUAUAGCUACAGAAAUCAGGGCUCAUUCUAAGUAGAAAAGACUGUUCUCAGAGAUAAGUAAGGCAGAUAGGAGGGGGAAGACUCACCCGAUUAGGGGAAAUUCUAUUUUCCCUUCAUCUUGUGCCUUUAAGGCUAGUAAGUAUAUUUCUGUAUGUUGGCAUCGUUCAAAAUUCUUGUGGGUUCCUGCCAACACGUUCUUCUUCAAUUUUCCUAUUUAACUCCUAUGUUGUUAAAAACGUGAAAUUUCAGGUUCACUUAUUAUAGAAAUCCUUGAUUUUUCAAGUGGAUUGGCCGGAUUCGAGUUAUUGCUGUUCCAAAAUGUGAAACGUAGGCCAAAAACUCGCAAAAAUCCUGGGCACUUGUCCGAAAACACGUUUUCAAAAGCUCAUAACUCAAGAAGAACUUAAAAAAUCAAAUUCAAUUCAGUUCUGAGGUCCAUUUUUGGCAAAGAUCUGUAGAUAGUGAGAUGAAAAAUUGAUUACAUCAACUCGUAUCACAAAUACGAAGACAACGAAAUUUCUUCAUACUUUGAAUUAAAAGAUGGUCAAUAUGCACCUUUUGUUUGUAUCUAUCAUAUCGUCACUACUCUCGUUAAUAUUUCGCUUGAACAUAAAUCAUGUUCAGUAAAAAUAUGCAAGAAAAUGUCCUUUAAAUAGAGUUUUCUACGGAUUCGUGAUUGUGACAUAUUCACAGCUCAUCAAAGUAACUUUAACUUGAAAAAUGUUCGACUUCUUCCCCUCGAAAUUAGCGAAAAAAAUUUACAUUUUUUAAAAAUUUGUUAUUUAAACUUUCAGCAAUACUGCAUCUGUUCAACAAGGCAAUAUGAACCAAACAAAUCAAAAUGGCCAAAAUGACAAAACAAUUACUUUGAUGAUAAGCGAACUCAAGACAGUCAUUGAAAGUAUGAAGGCAGCAGUAGCAGGCACAACUGACGAUCAUGAUGACAGAGACCAAAUAUAUAGUGGCAGUGGUGGGAGUGGGAGUGCAUCUGGCGAGUAUCCAAGUGUUGGUGAGGAGGAGGAAGAUGCUACCUCAAUCAAUAAAAUAACUGAUCCAGUCUUACUAAACCAACCUACAGAUGAAAACAGUGUGGAUAUUUCUGAGGUAAUUGUGAUCAAACCUUCUGAUCCUGAGACAAGAGAAAUUGGAGGUGGAGGAGCAAGUUACCUCCAUGCAUGUGUGCUUCUCUUAAUAGCAUCACUUCUAGUUCAACUCAUGUAAGAAUAUACGAAUAAGCUAGAAACAUUUUGAGGAUAUACAACUCACGCUCCUAGAACGCGAUACACCUGUGGUAGCCCAAAAUAUAUGAUGGGACAAUUUCUGAAACAAGUUGCAGGAAGCCUUAUUCAAUUUCCUAAAAAAUGCAUUUUCAACCGACCAGUUUAGAAAUAUAAAACAGGUCAAUAAAUGUACGUUUGCACAGUACGUUUUUAUAUUGCUGACAACCCGCCAGGUAUUUAUUUACCAUAAAAUAGCAAAAGGUUUAGAAACUUAUACUCUGAAGACUGGGGGUGACCUGCAAACAUUAAGUACAUCAGUUUUUAUAUAUUUCAUACUUCUUUAGUAUACAUGCAAUGCUUCUGUCCUGCUCAGGAUUUCUGAAAGUGUUUUAGUUGAUACUUCAUAGAUGAAACAAUUAAUCUCGAAGUCAGUAGCUUUAUGUUGUUGCCUUUUAUGUUGUAUUUGCAGCUUCACCUAUGUGUGAUUUUUUUUUAAUACGUUUUCAAAUGCUAUAUAUAGCGUCUAGAGAGUUACGGGUUUAUAUUCAUCUUGGCACAGUGCCUUCGAAUACCUCAGAAGUCACUAACCUGCAACUUGUUUCUAAAAAGCGUCUCAUCAAUCGAUGUCACCCACACUGGUGGUGAUGAAUGCCAGUCACAAUUUGCUACAAUUGAACCGUGUAUUAACGGACAUCUCUCUUAAGCGGAGACAUGCCUCUUGUCCCAGGUGUCUGUAAUAUACCAACUUCGUGUGAUUUUACUGAACGGUUAGGGUUUAUAAUAGUUGGGGUGUUAUUUAGCUACAUUUUCAUUGUGGAAAUCGUACAAAGUUGGCGAGUUGGUAUAUUACAGACACCGCUCUCUUUUAAGGCUUAAGCGUACACAUUGGUGUGCCCGCUUUAAUAAUUAUUAAACCUAGCAUUCCGAUUGUCACAUGACAAGACAUGUAUUAUAGAGCAAUGCCAAAACAAUGUUAAGGUAAUAGUGUUGCGACAGAAGUAAUUUAAUAGACAUAAAAAAGUCCACAGAACAUACAUGUAUUGAGGUAUAUUUGUUGUUAUAGAUACCAGACUAUAUGGUCAUUGAUAGCGUAGUUGGACUAUCUUCAAAUCUGUAUAAAUUUGUAAUUAUAAUAAAUGUAAUUGAAAUUCUGAUGCAAGAAGCCAAAUUGAUUUGCACCACAGUCAAGCCG